AUGCGCGAGAAGGCCCACAGUCCGCGCAAGCUGGUGGCCGAGCUGACGCUGCGCACCGACCUGCUGGCGCCGGCCGGUGAGCUGACGCCGUACGACCUGCGCACUGCUGAGCUGCCGGCGCCGGACGCCGACGGCGACCAGCAGGUGCCGCUCGACCUCAGCGUACGCGCGCGUCUGCACGAGGACGAGAACCGCAACCUGGUGCCCGUGUCACCGGGCGCAGUGGCCGCCAUGGAGGUGGAGCCCGCGGCCGGCGCCGGCGCCAAGCUGGCGUACGGUCGGCCGCUGUACGCCGGCGCCGAGACGGAGCUGGCUGGUCAUCUUUACAGCCCGGCGCUCAUCGACAUCUACGGCAAGAGCAAGCUGUACGGCUCGCCGCUGCUGGCGUCGCCGCCGAGCUACCCGUUCAUCCUGCCGGGGACGUUUGAGAUGAUCCGCUCACAGCUGGACCACAUCCACCUGCGGAGGAACACCGGCGUGCCCCUGCCGGGCGUGCUCAAGAACAAGGACCGCUACUCAUGCAAGUUCUGCGGCAAGAACUUCCCGCGCUCGGCCAACCUGACGCGCCACCUGCGCACGCACACGGGCGAGCAGCCGUACAAGUGCAAGUACUGCGAGCGCUCGUUCAGCAUCUCGUCCAACCUGCAGCGCCACAUCCGCAACAUCCACAACAAGGAGAAGCCGUUCCGGUGUCCGCUCUGCGACCGCUGCUUCGGCCAGCAGACCAACCUGGACCGGCACCUGCGCAAGCACGAGUCGGACGGGCCGACCAUCCUGGACGGCGGGUUCCGACGCGCCGCGUCGCACCGCUCCGUCUCGACGUCGGGCUCGCCGGCGUCCGAGGACUCGGCCGCUGAGAUCGACGUCGAGGAGGUGGACGAGGCCGAGGCCGUCUCCUCGCCCGAUACCGUAGACGCCAAGCCGGCGUCGGACGCCGAGGCCAACUGAGCGAAGCUUCCUCGCCGGCGAGCAGCUCGCCUUCGGAUCUGGAACGGAGCUGGGACGGAUCUGAUAUUGGAUAUAGAACCAGACCUGAAUUCGGAUCUGGAACGGACCUGGGACGGAUCUGAGAUCGGAUAUAGAACCGGAUCUGCACCAGGAUCUUUGAUCGGAUCUAGAAUCAGAUGUAGUGUCGGAUCUUUUGCCCCAGUGUGUGGCCGGAUUUGCUACCGGAUCCAGGACCGGAUCUGGACCGGGCCUAACUGCACGAGAGCUGCGUCGGGGCACGCGCGGUCCGGAGAGGCGACGCCGUCCGACGAAGGCGGAUCUGACACAUGCGCGACCUCCUCGCAAAAGACACCAAGCUUUAAGACGUACACUGCGAGGAAGGCCGCACGACACCGAGUACCUGACACCUUGUGAGGACGCCCGCUGGCGCGGGCGCACGCCGUCUCUCUCCCGUGCUCGCAGGGGCCAACGCUGCCCGCAGCCAUGACGUGAGGCUAAAGACUGAAGUACAAAGCAACUGCGCCGCGCGUGUGGCCCCGCGCGGUAUGCCACUGCCACAGCCUGGGUCGCCGAGGGCUGUCGCGAGUACCUGCCGGGUGGCGGUGGAGGGUGUGGGUGUGGAGCGCGGCCGCCGGGGCCCGUGAGCGGAGACGGGCUCCCGCGGAGCACGUGCAGUGUUGCCGCCUGUCGUCUGGAAAGCUGGGCGGAAGCCGUUGACCUACGAGUGCGGAGGUCAUCCCCGUGCGAGCGGCGCUCGCUCGCGGGGGCCUUGGGUAUUUAUUUCGUAUUUAAAUGAUAGUGUUUGGAUUAUGUCGCGACAGGUAGGCUAGGCGCUACAGCCGGGCGGCGCGAAAUGUGACGUGGGGUGUCGGGCGCCACCGCUUUGCCUGAGUUUGAGCGAGGCUAUUGUCACGCGCACACCGAGGUCGGAGCCCAAACGAGUGCACUGCUGUGUUGAUUAAAAAGAAAGAUUGUUUAUGACAAGGCUCAGCCGUGAUUGCCUUACAAAUCGGAGCUUUCAGUUGUGGUGCAGCCCCGUGUCGUAUCGAUGGCAACGCUCUCGAACUCGUUUCGUUUCCUGCGAAAAAUUCGUUGAGGUAUUCAAUGAACUGUGUUUCUUGUAUUGUUAGUCAGAGGUCACCUUGGUAUUGCUGGUGGGAAUCACAUCUAUAGGCUACUGUUGAUCAUCUACGUACGCUGCACCUCUCACUCUCUCCCUCUCCCUCUCUCUCGAUCUCGCUGUCCUUUAGAAAGAUAGAAUGGGUAGCUGACAUUCAAGUAGGCUCUAGUCAAGCUGCAAAUCUAAAUC